CAAAUGCAUGUGCAGUGAUGCAAGUACAACAGGAAUGAAGAAGAAAUGGUUGUAAACUUCUUCGCAAAGCUGAUGCUAAAAACGCUAAAUCCAUGAAAAAAGUUCGCACUGUUCUGGUUGGMGUUCGCUCAACCAGUUCUCGRCCUKCMAARGAGGAACCUGUAAGUGAGCGACUUCGAGCGCAAGACUUUGCUGUAUCAAAGGCAUGUAGGUAUGGUUUUCCAUAUCAGCCGACUUCAGUUGCUGUGGAUUCGGUGCAAGGGGUUGUAGCUAUUGGAACGUACACUGGCUGCCUUCGCAUAUUUGGUAAGCCAGGUAUUGAAGCACAUGUACAGCAUGAUUCUCCUUCUCCUGUCAGAAGUCUUGUGUUCAUGAGUAAUGAGGGAGCGUUGCUUAGUUGUUGUCCAGAAGACUCUAUUCAUCUUUGGAACCUGCGUCAAGCGCAGCCUGUUAUAGUGCAGUCUUUGAAGUUCAAUAGAGAAAGAAUAACAGCUCUUCAUCUUCCAUUCACGUCUAAAUGGCUGUUUGUUGGCACUGAAAAAGGCAACACUCAUAUUGUUAAUAUAGAGAGAUUUGUGGUGUCUGGGUACACAAUAAAUUGGAAUAAAGCUAUAGAAUUGCAUUGUAAAACUCAUCCUGGUCCAGUAGUUCAAAUAAGUGAUAAUCCAUUAGAUGCUAACAAGAUUUUACUUGGCUAUGAGUCUGGUACUAUUGUUAUUUGGUCAUUACGAAGUAAGAGUGCAGAGCAGCGGUUUAGUUGUCCACAGAGAUCACUGACAUCUUUGCAUUGGUUGAAUGAUGGCAAGCAAUUCAUGUGUGCACACACAGACGGCACGUUAAGUGUAUGGAAUACAAAAUGCACRCCAGAUAAACCUGCUGAAAUAUUGUCACCUCACGCUAAUGGAAAAUCUGGCAAAGACAGACCUUGUGCUCCUAUAUCUAAGAUCAAAUGGUUGGCAACUUCAUCUGGAGAUCCAAUGAUCAUUUUCUCCGGUGGUACACCCAGAGGAAAAAGAAAAGGACUUACCGUCUGCCAAGGAAAAGCUACAAAACUUUUAACCAAUGAAUCUAUUCUUGACUUUACUGUUAUACUGUCAACUCCAUGGGCUGAAGAUGCACAAGAUGCUAAGGUUGUGAUAGCUGUAACACCAUUACAUUUAUUGAUAUAUGACUUGCUUACUUCAUCUUCAAAGCCCCUCAGUUUUGAUGUACCAUAUGCCUUUGAUGUUCAUGAAUCUCAUGUAACUUGUACCCAGUACUUCUCUGAUUGUCCACCUGAUUGUAUUGCUGAUAUUGGACAUGUCGGCAACAAACCAAGAAAAAGACACUUAUCAAGGGAGGCUAGUAGACAGGCUUGGCCAAUAAUGGGUGGCGUCAGUGGUGAGCAGCCAGGUGGGCCACCGUCAGAACUUGUCAUAACAGGUCAUUCUGAUGGGACGGUGAAAUUCUGGGAUGCAUCGUCAGCUGCUUUGUUCAUGUUAUACAAGAUGUCAACCUCCAAACACUUUGAACGUGAAAAGUCCAAGUCAUCAGAAGAAAGUAGUGACAAYACAGAACCAAAAGCCAGCACCUCAGAAAGCUCCGAGGGUAGUAGUAACCAUCGGUUAUCACAGGAUGACGACUCUGAAAUGUACUCUGUUCAAAUGCUCAAUUUCUGUGUACAUAGCCGGAUUCUCCUGGUUGCAGGAUCAUCAUAUGUCUUGUURUAUCAGUUCAGCUUGACAGAACAGGCUGUGGAGCUAGUGCAAAUAGAUAUUCAUCAGUCCAUUGAGCCUUUUCACCUCAACAACUCACCUCCUUCAAGUGAACAAGAUAGUGCAUUCAUGCAGCCCGGUGAUAGAAGCUCAAGAAGUUCUACCUCAAGUGCUGACUGCCUGCCUGAACCAGUACCAUUACCAAUAGUUACUGGAAAAACAGGCACUUUCAAAAGACAUCCAGGUUUUCAGCCAGAUCUGUUGUGUGUUUUAGCUGGUAGUCAAGAAGGAUGGCCUAUCAGUAGCAUUUCACAAAGCUCUCAACUUGGAAUAGUGUCUAUAUGUAGUGGCCCAUCUCUAGCUUUAGUUGAUGUUGUACAAAAGAUACUCAUAACUGUUCUGUCGGCUCAAGAAAUGACUGUUCUUUCAGAAAACAGUGUCCAUGUAUCCCAGACACCACAACCRACACCAUCAACSCCCCUUACCCCAAGYGCACCCAUAACACCUGGUACCCCCCUGACAUUCACCUUAAACAUGGACGCAUCAGUAGGCAUUGACAUCAAUGAUUCAGGCAUCCAAAAAGUGGAAAAAAAGAAGAUAAAACCUACCCGACCCCCUCCCCCAGUGAGAUCCAAGUCGUAUUCCAAUAAAAUUACUGAGACGUCCAAUGGUAAUGAUCAAAAUGAUGGUCAAGGUCAUUCGCGGGUGUCCAGAUCAGUGAGUUACCCAUCGUCAGGGGGGGAAGCACCACCAGACACUGUGCAAUGCACUACAUUUGCUUGUACUUAUACCAAAAAGAAUGAUAACUGUAUCAAUCCUUGUCUGUUGGUUGGCACUACAAAGGGACAUGUGUAUAUUAUUGUUAUUAACAUGCCACCAGCUGAAGAAAGACUUUUGCAGCCAAUACUCACGAUWGUCACAGGCACAGUAUUUCGACCCAAGUCAGGGAUGGUAAUGUCGAUAUCGCUGUUGGAUCAUCAAGGGCACUUGUUUCCAUCUCCAUUGAGAUUCUGGACUGACAAAAGAGAUGAAAAUCAACUGAAAAAAACAGUCACUGCUAAAGAGUGCUCAGACAGACAUUUUCUUGUUGUAAAUACUGAGAGGGAAGCCAAGGUUUAUCAGUUGCCACCUACUCAUACAAACCCAACAACAUACUCAAAAACAUGUGUCGCUGAUGAUUCCUCUGUAGUCUUGGCCUCUGAGGUCAUUAUUAUUGAAGGCAGUAGCUGUUUAAUGUGUCUAACAAGUCUUGGACAACUGAUGGCCUUCAGUCUACCCAGUCUGAGCAUGCUCAUUAAUGCUGAAUGCAGCUUUUUAUUGACAGAUUUUAGAUAUCUGAGAACCUUGAAGUUUUCUGAUGGUGGCUUAGCCAUMACAAUGUGUUCGCCAUAUGAAAUUCAAAAAUUAUGCAUGUUUACAAGAAACGAUAAAUAUCAGAUGUCAGGCCAAAUGUCAUUAUUUCGACCAAUGGAUAUGCCAGAAAGACCAACCAAAGGAUUUUUUACAAGUUUAUUUAGCUCUCAAGCCUCUCCUUUAGACAGAGAAGAACUGUGCACUGCUUGA